UUCAAUGUAUGUGUGAAUUGUAUUGCGUGGGUUCUCCGUUUCUCUGUCUGUUUCUAUCGUAAUUCGUAAGGGAAGGUAUCUUUUCUCAUUUUUUUUUUUUAAGUCCAACGUUUUUCGUGCUGCUUUUCUUCUGUGAUUCAACUCCUCUGCUCUAUGCUGUCUGUACUCUCUACCACUUUUCCGGAACAGUAGUAGCAGCAGCUGUUGUCAUGGAUGCAAACGGGUUUCUGCCGUUGGACGAUAAGUCUCUGGUGGAAUACAUAAAGAGAACGCCUUCUCUGUCACUGAAGCUUGGGAACAAAAUCGACGACUUGCAAAUUACAGAAGUCGGAGACGGCAAUCUUAAUUUCGUUUAUAUCGUUAUUAGUUCUGCUGGUUCUUUAGUCGUCAAGCAGGCCCUUCCAUACAUCCGCUGUAUAGGGGAGUCAUGGCCAAUGACAAAGGAACGCGCAUACUAUGAAACAAUGGCCUUAAAAGAGCAUGGUCGCUUGUGCCCGGAUCAUGUUCCGGAAGUUUAUCAUUUUGACCGCACUAUGUCUUUGAUCGCUAUGCGGUACUUGGAGCCUCCUCAUAUUAUUCUGCGGAAAGGCUUGAUUGCUGGAGUUGAAUACCCCUUGCUUGCAGAGCACAUGUCAGAGUACAUGGCAAAGACUCUUUUCUUCACAUCCCUUCUGUACCUUUCCACUACAGAUCACAAACGUGCUGUUGCUGAAUUUUGUGGGAACGUGGAGUUAUGCAGGCUUACAGAACAAGUUGUUUUUUCGGACCCAUAUAAAGUCUCACAGUACAACCGUUGGAGUUCUCCUUAUCUUGAUCAUGAUGCUGAGGCAAUUCGCGAAGAUAAUAUUCUGAAGCUUGAAAUUGCUGAAUUGAAAUCCAUGUUCUGUGAGAGAUCCCAGGCCCUAAUACAUGGAGAUCUCCAUACUGGUUCUGUCAUGGUGACCCAAAAUUCCACUCAAGUUAUAGAUCCUGAAUUUGCAUUCUUUGGACCAAUGGGGUUUGACAUAGGAGCCUUUCUGGGGAAUUUGUUUUUGUCUUUCUUCUCACAAGACGGACAUUCUGAUGAGGAGAAUGACCGCAAAACAUAUAAACAAUGGAUCUUGAGGGCAACAGAAGAUACAUGGAACCUUUUCCAGAAGAAGUUUACCUCACUUUGGGAUGAUCACUGGGAUGGCUCUGGUGAGGCAUAUCUUUCUGCAAUAUAUAAUAAUCCUGAGCUUCGCCUAUCUGCACAGAAGAAGUACAUGAAAGAUCUUUUUCAUGAUACUCUUGGAUUUGGUGCUGCCAAAAUGAUAAGGAGGAUAGUGGGUGUGGCUCAUGUUGAGGAUUUUGAAGCAAUUCGUGAUGCUAGAAAAAGAGCAGAAUGCGAGAAACAUGCUCUCGAGUUUGCAAAGAUGAUUCUAAAGGAAAGGCGUAGAUUUCAGACAAUCAAUCAAGUUAUCUCCGCAAUCAAGGAACUUCCUUUGUGAAAGAGAGUUUGUUGCUUUGCUUUUUGUCAAAUUUGGUUUGUCUCGACGGCUCCAAGAACUAAUAUAUCUACCAUUUGGGUCUUCCAUUCCACUCUAGAAAUUAUACGGAUUUCAAUUUUCAAGGAAUAUAGUUCUUUCCAUGUUUGUUAUAUUUUCACCUCUUUCGUAGUGACAAUGAAAACUUUGGUUAAGGAAAACAAGUCUCACUGUGGUAGAGAUGACAUGACAGUAUAGCUUAUAUAACAUUUCAGCCUGAAAACGUUCCCAACUA